AUGAAUGUGUAUAUAGACCAUGAAAAUGAACUUGUACUUGAUUGGGAUGAUAUGGAAGUAGUAGAAGAUGAUGAAGGGCAUUAUUCUGAGCAAGACCCGGAUGAUGAUAAUGAUUCACAACUUUCUGAUGAUAUUCCAUAUGAGCAUGAAGCAGAUGAUUAUAUUCCUUCUCUUGACAAGACUAUUGGUGAUGAAUUCUUACACCGGGUGUCAGGUAUAUGUAAGGAUACACAUGAUGAGGUUGAAACCAACAAUGGGGAUGAAAAACCAGUGUACCCUAUCCAUAAUGAGAACCAGAAAUGGGACAAAAUGGUGCCAGUUCUAGGUACUGUGGAACCAGUUCAAGUGGAUCAAGUACAAGUGGAGGAACCCGUUCAAGUGGAUCAAGUACAAGUGGAGGAACCACUUCAAGCGGAUCAAGUACAAGUGGAACCAGUUCAAGUAGAUCCAGUUCAAGUGGAUGAUCCUGCUCAACUUGUUGAUGAUGUUCAAGUAGAUGAUCCUGCUCCACAUGUUGAUGUUCAAGUGGAUGAUCCUGCUAAACCUGUUACAACUGGGAAGAGGAUACAAAAAUACUCAGAAAUAAUUACUAAGAUAGGGUUGAAGAAAAAAGGAAGCACUGAUCACCACCCAAUGGUGUUGGAAUGA